AUGGAAUUCGAUCAUCGACAAUUAUUAUCACUUUUAGAUGAGUUAAUGAAACCAAUAUCAACAGUAAAAAUUUCUAGUGAAGACGAAGAACAACAACAAAUCUUAACUAUCAAUCUGAUAUUUUCUAAUGCUAUUGAUCAUUUUCUUGAAAUAAGUAAAUCUAUGGAUUUAAUAAUUCCAUUAAAUCAAGAUGAACAAGUUUAUUAUCGUUAUUUACAAAUUCAUAUAAAUCUGAUUGAAAAAAUUCUUUCAUAUGAACAAAAAAAUUUUUCAUCACAUUUACCAUUAUUUAGUAUACAAGAUGAAACAAUUCUAAAUCGUUCAUUAUCAUUUAUUAUUCUUCUUGGUCUUGUACUUCAUUUUGAUGAUGGAAUAUUUAUUUCCAUAGAAAAUUAUUUAAAAUAUUCAAAUACAUCAAUACAUUUAUUAAAAUUAAAAACACUUUUAACUCAUCAUAAUCGAAUGUAUAAUCUUAAUCAAAUAUUAAAUUUUCUAAUGAAAUCAAUUAGAAAUUCAAAUAAAAAUUCAUUUUUUAUACAAUAUUUAUAUAAAAAUUAUUUAUUAGAAUUAAUUCUAAGUCAUUUACAAUUACUUUAUUCACCUAAUUUAAAAUAUUCAUCGGAAAUAUUUUUAUCAAUUUAUCUUCAAGAUAAUUUAAAUUAUUUAAAAGAAAAUUUUUCAAAUCAAUUUAUUCAACAAAUUUUAUUAUUAAAUCGUUUAUUAUCAACAACAAUCAAUAGUCCUCUAUGGCUUAAAAAUCAAUGUGGAAAUCUUUUAACAUCCAUAUUAAUUAAUUCAAAUAAUCAUGGUAUACAACAAAUACUUGAAACAAUAUUUGAAUCAACAUUACCUAAUGAUCAUUUAUAUAUAUCAAUAGCUAAAAUACUUUCAACAUGUCCAAAACAAUUAAAACCUGAUGAAUAUAUUCAAUGUAUUAAAUUUCAAUUUAUUCAACUUAUACAUAAUCAACGUUUUAUGCCUGUUAUAUGUAUAUCAAUAAAUGAUUUAUUUAAAAAAUAUUCUAAAUUAAUUGAAAAUGAAAUAUUUUUAAUAUUAUUUCAACCAUUAUUUAUAUGUCAUAAGAAUUUAUCAAAUGAAAUUUGUACAAAUGAACAAUUUGAAUUAUUUAUUAAUGAUUUAUAUAAUUUAAUAAGUAUUGUAUCAAAUGAACAAAUAAGAAUUUAUUUAUAUGAAAAUUAUCUUAAUGAAUUAAUUAAUAUUUAUAUUGCUUUAGAAAAAUCUUUAUCAUCAUUAAAAAUUCAAUUUUUAAAUAUAUUAAAAAUUUUAUUUUCAUCAAUGAAUAUUGAUAUAUGUAUUGAAUAUUUUAAAAAAAUUUUAUUUGAUUUUAAAUAUCUUUCAUUAAAAUAUCUUCCGGAUUUAUCAAUAAAAUAUAAUUUAAUUAUUGAUAAUGAUUAUGAAAAUAAUAUUGAAAUAUAUUGUCAAUCAAUAAUUAAAAUUUUAUUUUCUAUUGAUAAUAAUGAUUGUUUAAUUGUUAAAAUAUUUCUUGAUUUAUUACAAUUAUUAAUAACAAAUAAACAAUUAAAUCAAGCAUCUAUUUGGACUGAAAAUGAUAAACAAAUAAAUAUAAAACAAUGUAAAAUUAUGCUAAUUUUAAAAUAUAUUAUGGAAUAUUUAACAGAACAUAUUGAUAUAUUUAUUAAAAAUGUUGAUGAUACUAUUAAAGUUAUACAGAUUAUACUUGAAAAAAUAACGAUAACAUGCCAAGAAAAAACCAAAGAAAAUCUUCUUACAAAAAUAAAUGUUGACGAUGAUGAUGAUGAUUUAUCUUCGGAUAAUGAAGCAUUACAAAUUAUUUUUACAAUUGCAUCAUUAUUAAUAACUCAUUAUGAUCAAUUAUCAUUUGAAAAUAAACAAAUUCUUGCAUCAUUUUAUUCAUCAUUAAUAUGGAUUGAACAAAAUUAUCCGAAUAAUGAAUUAUGUCAAUUAGCACAUGAAUUAUCUAUUGCAUUUAUAACAUAUGGUGCUGUAAAAGAAGAAUCAACGAAAAAAAAAUCAACAUUAUUAAUUGAAGAACUUAAUGAUGAACGUGAUUUACGUGAAGAAACAUUUCAAAAUGCUUUAACUUGUCUAUAUGAUUCAAGUAUACCAAUACGUGCACAUGGUUUAAUUUUAUUUCGACGUUUAAUUGAACGAAAUGAUAAUGAAACAAUAAGUAAAAUUCAAGAUAAUAAUAUGAAAUUAUUUCAACAAUUUCAAGAACAUUUACAUGCUGAUGAUUCAUAUGAAUAUUUAGCAGCUAUUAAUGUGUUGAGUGCAUUAGCUAAUCAAUUUACAGAUAAAAUAUUACCAUUACUUUGUCAUGAAUAUAUAAGUAAAAAUAGAAAAUUAGAAAAUAAAUUAAAAGUUGGAGAAAUUUUAGUUAAAACAUGUCAUUCACUUGGUGAUAUGUCAACAAAAUAUUCUUCUUUAUUAAUAAAUACGUUUUUGAAUGCAUCAAAACAAACAGAUGAUGAUAUGUAUCGAACAAGUGCAUUAUCAAAUCUUGGACAAUUAUGUACUGUUCUAAAAUAUUCACUUUCAAAAGAUCUUUCUGAAAUUUUAAUUGCUUUGAAAAGUUAUUUAUCAAUAUCAGAAUCUUCUAAUGUUCGACGUGCAUCAAUUCUUGUCUGUGAACUUUUAUGUAAAUCACUUGAACAAUCAACAUGGUUAACUAUACUUGGAAAUGAAUUACCAUCAUUUUAUCAAUUAAUAAAUUAUCUUUAUAAAAAUGAUAAAGAUGAUAUUGUUUGUUUACAUGCACAAAUAGCACUUGAAGCAUUAAAUAAAAUAUGUCAGGAUUAUUUACAACCACCUGUUAUUUUAGAAAAAAAAAUUCGUAUCUUAUCAUAA